AAGAGUUUAAUUUGUAAUAUUUAUUUUUAAUUAUGAAUAAGAAAUGCGGUUGUCAAAAGAAGAUUAUACCCAAUCUUAUAGAUGGGUUUACCAACACCUCGUUCAUAAGCGUGGAAUCGCUUUUGGAAGUAGCCAACAGAUCAGCUGCGGAGCUGCCUGAGAAGGCUUCCAUAGACCAAUCAGAGGAAAAGCCGCAGGAGACGCGCAGCGAUCCGGGGGAUUUCCCGGAAAAGGGCUUGGGACGCGUCUAUGGUGUUUCGGGACCAGUAGUGAAUGCUGAGGAAAUGAGCGGAGCGGCUAUGUACGAGCUGGUGAGAGUGGGACACUUUCAUUUGGUGGGCGAGAUCAUCAGACUGGAGGGCGACAUGGCCACCAUACAGGUAUAUGAGGAAACCUCGGGUGUCAGCGUGGGAGAUCCGGUAUUCCAAACGGGCAAGCCGCUGUCUGUGGAGCUGGGACCCGGCAUUAUGGGCAGCAUCUUCGAUGGCAUCCAACGUCCACUGCGCACCAUCAACGAGGUGACCAACUCCAUCUAUGUGCCCAAAGGGGUGAACGUCAGCAGUCUACCUAGGGAUAUUACCUACGAGUUUGAGCCGAAGUAUCUCAAAGUGGGUGACAUUAUUACGGGUGGCGAUAUCUUUGCCACUGUGCAUGAGAACAGCAUGAUCGAGCAUCACCUGAUGAUGGCUCCACGUAGUCAAGGCAGAAUUGUUUGGGUAGCACCAGCGGGUAACUACCAUGUCACCGAUAUGGUGCUGGAAACGGAGUUCGAGAACGAGAUCACCAAUCACACCAUGCUACAGAUUUGGCCAGUGCGUCGCAGUCGCCCAGUGGCCGACAAGCUGCCAGGUGUGAAUCCACUGCUAACCGGGCAGCGUGUCCUAGACGCCUUCUUUCCUUGCGUCCAAGGCGGCACCACUGCCAUUCCCGGCGCCUUUGGCUGCGGCAAGACCGUCAUCUCUCAGUCGCUCUCCAAGUUUUCCAAUUCCGAUGUCAUUGUCUACGUCGGUUGCGGCGAGCGUGGCAAUGAAAUGUCCGAGGUGCUGCGCGAUUUUCCAGAGCUCACAGUCGAGGUCAAUGGCGUCAUGGAGUCCAUCAUGAAGCGUACAGCGCUGGUGGCCAACACCUCCAACAUGCCUGUUGCUGCUCGUGAGGCUUCCAUCUAUACGGGAAUUACACUCUCCGAGUAUUUCCGUGAUAUGGGCUACAACGUUUCCAUGAUGGCUGACUCCACCUCACGUUGGGCUGAGGCCUUGCGUGAAAUCUCUGGACGUCUGGCUGAAAUGCCUGCCGAUGCGGGUUACCCCGCCUAUCUGGGUGCACGCUUAGCUUCCUUCUACGAGCGCGCUGGUCAUAUUCAAUGCCUAGGCAAUCCCGAGCGUGAGGGUUCCGUCUCCAUUGUGGGCGCCGUCUCGCCACCCGGUGGUGACUUCUCGGAUCCCGUUACCUCCGCCACGCUCAGCAUUGUGCAAGUGUUCUGGGGUCUGGACAAGAAGCUGGCGCAGCGCAAGCAUUUCCCCUCUGUCAACUGGCUGCAGUCGUACUCCAAGUACAUGCGCUCAUUGGAGGAAUUCUAUGAGACGGAGAGUCCGGAGUUUAUCGGCUUGCGUGCAAUGGCCAAGCAGGUGCUGCAGGAGGAAGAAGAUCUCUCGGAAAUUGUGCAGCUGGUGGGCAAAACCUCGCUGAACGAAACGGACAAGAUUACGCUGGAGGUCGCCAAGCUGCUCAAGGAUGACUUUCUGCAGCAAAACUCGUACAGCGACUACGAUUGCUUCUGUCCCUUCUACAAGACCGUCUGGAUGCUGAAGAACAUGAUGCUCUUCUACAAAUGCGCCAUCACGGCGGUGGAGAACACCAGCGGACAUGAGGCUCACAUCACUUGGGGCAUCAUUCGCGAGCAGUGCAACGAGGAGCUCUACGAGCUCGGCACCAUGAAGUUUAUACACCCCAAAACGGGCAGGCAAUCUAUGGAGGAUCAAAUGCAAACACUUCAUGAUAAGAUUAUUAAGAAAUUUGCGUAUAUUGAGGAAAACGUUGCGUUGUUUAUGUAGAAAACAAAAUGCAAAUUUUAAGUGCCGAAAUUUUUGGUUUCUUAGCUGGGAAUUGCUAUUUUAGAUGUAAAACUAAAUAAAAAUAUUUUCGCAU